AUGUCGCACGCAUUACUUCUCCGACUGUUCCUCUCCCCCUACUUUUCCGUCUCUCUGGCGAUGCAAUACCUAAAGACAUAUCCCGAUAAUAUUGGUAUAUCGCAUUAUCUAUGUUGGAGAAUGAAGAAGAUGCCUCCCGAGGAAGUGGAAUUCUACUGGCCACAAAUAUGUCAUCUGCUAUUGACGUAUCCGACUCAAUCAAAUGCCUUAGAAGCUUUCAUCUUGUCGAGAGCAGAAGAAAGUACACAUUCAGCUAUGCUCACGUUUUGGUUCAUGCAAGCUGCUUUACGCGAUUUGACUCCUUCUAGACUUACCCAUCCUCGUCCAUUCAUGAUCUGUCAACGAAUCUUACAUAAAUGUCAUGAAAUCAUAUUUGGUGAUCUACCUGAACCUUCAAGAUCACCUUAUCGUUCUUUACCUCAAUCACCUUCCAUGUCACCUUCUUCCAGCUCGAAAGCUCUGUCCUCGAUCGUGACAAACGGUAAACUGAAACGAGGAAAUAUCGGAGCAUCUGUUAGGGUGAAUAACCAUAUUCCACCUGCGUUGGUCGGGAUGGGAGUGUUGCUUGCUAGUACUCCUGGAAUGCAUGGAUUGGUGGAAUUAGCAGGUGAUUGGGCUAUUACUCAAGGUAGGAGGCCAAGAGAGAAUGACGAAGGUGGAAGAGCGAUGGUUGAAGUCGAUCAGAGUGGUGGAGCAGAUAUCAAUUCGCCAAAUAGAUUACAAAGAAAAGGUAGUGGUGAAGAUGAUGAUAUUUCAGAUGAAGAUUCUUUAGAGCCUGAUCCUAAUCCUAAUCAAAAUGGAAUAAAAAGAAGUGUAUCUCCAUCACCACAACAACAUCCUAAAUCGAUGAUACAUCUUCAACAUCCUGCACAAACUGCUCCCAGUCUGAUAUCACCACCUAGAUCACCUUCACCUAAUCCAACUACUCCGCCUGGUAGACCAAGAAAAGGCUCAGAUCCAUUUGACCAAUCUAUAUUAUCGUCUUCUGAUGGUCAACCUGAAUCAGGACCGAGUAGAAAUUAUACUCCACCAAGAUCAACUCAUCAACCUUUUUACUCGGUUCCAGAUUUCGCAGUCUCACGUUCAUCAAGCUCAAAUCGUCUUCAUCCAGUAGACAGACCACCACCUGCGGAAACUAUAUUGGCUACUUACAGCAUGGAUGCUCAACGACAAUUGCUCAGGAGUCAUUAUUGUCGAAGUGAGGUUAGGUUUCUUCUGUUGUUGGAAGAUAUAAGUAAUAGACUUUUGGUGAUUCCAAAGCCUGCUCGAGUUAGUGCAUUGAGAGCAGAGUUGACAGGUUUGAACCACAAUCUUCCCGCAGAAGUAUGUAUGCCACUGUGGUGUGCUGCUGACCAUGGACAUGAGUCUGGUGGUGAAACCUCUGCUGGUAAUCCCCUUAAGUCUCGUCCUGACGGAGACAGGGUGCGUUCUCGAGCUCAUGCUAGAGUAGUAAGGAUAUCUCCCGGAGAUUCGGUGGUUCUGAACUCAGCUGAAAGAGCACCAUAUUUGAUUCAUGUGGAGAUAUUGGAAGGUGAUUUGGACUUUGAUCCGAUCAGAAGAGAGAAUAGGGAUCUACUGAAGAAGAUUGUGGUACAAGAGGAUCUCAAACGACGGAAAAUGAAUCAUUCUAUACCGUUAGGUAGCGGAAUGCCUACUACACCAGAUAUGGGUUUUGCUAUCAAUCAAGAUGGUUUCGGAUCACCUAUGCCGGCUUCUGUGCCUGCUGAACCACUUGAAGAACCUGAACAAACUCAAAUCGGACUGACGUCUCGAAGAGACAUCUUGCCUGACGAAAUUGAAGAAAUGGAUUUGGUUGAACAACUUUAUGGAGCUCAAUUAUCGGUUCACGAUGCUUUACCUGAUCUAUCGGAAAAUGUGCCAUUACCUUCUGCACCGAAGAACAAACAAUUAGAUAUGGUAGCAUGGGAAAAGGGAUCGGAAUUCCCUUCUAGAAGACCUUCUUUAGGUAGUGGGAUAUUAUCAUCACCUCAUUUAUCUAAAACACCCGAUCUAUCCAGUGUGAACCAAACUUUGACUGUUUCACCUGUAGAUGACAGGUUGGAAGUACCGGGUCAAAAAUCAGCACCUACAAGUCCGUCAUUCUCUUCAUCCACUUCAAUGGAUCAUUCACCCAAACGAGCAAUAACACUAGAAGAUUAUUCUGAAAGAAUGAGAACUGCAGCUGUCAUGCUUGCGCAACUAAACGCUUCAUUGAUACCACCCACUCAGGAAGGUCAAUCCAAUAACAGCCUGUCUUCUUCAACUUCUUCUUCCUCAUCUUGGAUUCCUGGGACAGGCUGGAUAACAGGUUCUUCGUCGAAAUCAGCUUCAAACGGUAUUGGUGAGGCUAAGAAUGAGGCGAAUUCAGCAGCGGGUGGGAAAUUAAAAUUGGCAGCUGCACAAGCUGCAGCUAUAAGAGAGCGAAUAAUGGAAGAAAUGAUGGCUCUAGAAGAAGAGCGUGUGGAAAGAAUGACAGACAGGCCUGAAGGUGUUCAAGUCCAAGAACAUGGUGAUGCAAAAGAAGGUCAAACUGCUGAAGAUGAAGGUAUCGUAAGAAGAGAAUUGAAUAAAGCGGAUCCUUCAGCUGCCGUAUUCAAGGAAUCUUGGACUGCUAAGAAAACGAGAAUAAGGGCUAGUUCGCCUUGGGGCCAUUUAGCGAAUUGGGAUGUGAUAUCGGUUAUCGUCAAAACAGGAGCGGAUCUUCGACAAGAACAAUUAGCUACCCAACUGAUAGAAAGAUUUAGCAGAAUCUGGAAAGAGGAGAAAUGUGAUUGUUGGGUUCGUUUCUUCCGAAUACUGAUCACUGGAGAGACUUCCGGGCUAGUCGAAACCAUCACCGAUGCGGUAUCAGUGCACUCCAUAAAGAAGGGAGAAUAUGCAAAGAGAUUAGCGGAAGGUGGACCGAUAGGCCACGUCUCACUGAAAGAUCAUUAUGUGAAUACCUACGGUAAACCCGACUCAGGUCGAUAUCACCGUGCUCAACGAAACUUCAUUCGGUCCUUGGCUGGAUAUUCAAUAGUGACAUAUUUACUGCAAAUCAAGGAUCGUCACAACGGAAACAUCCUAGUAGACCAGGACGGAUUUUUGAUUCAUAUCGAUUUCGGAUUCAUGUUGUCCAACUCACCUGGAAACAUGGGUUUCGAAGCCGCUCCAUUCAAGAUGCCAUUGGAAUACGUAGAUAUCAUGGGUGGACUAGAUUCUCCAGGCUACAUAUAUUUCAAGAAAUUGUUCAAAGAAGGAUUCGAAGCUGCCAGGAAACAUUCCGACAGUUUGAUCACUAUUGUUGAAUUGAUGCAGAAAAAUUCCAAACUCGAUUGCUUCACUCUAUUCGGUGAUCAAACCUCGACACAUUUCAGAGAAAGGUUCCAAUUGGGAUUAACCACUCAAGCAGUCGAUUCAUAUCUGGAAAGGCUGAUAGUGAGCUCGACGGGAAGUAAUUAUACAAGAUUGUAUGAUACUUUCCAAUAUUACAGGUAA